UUUGAAGCCCCUUUGAAAGCAGAAAAGGGAAAAAGAGAAGUCCACGUUUUCAGUCGAUGUCCGUUAUUGAUUGACUUCAUGACUCCAUUUUUUAAAACGCUCACCACAGAUUGGAAGAAUUCUCUGCACUCUCAGACAGCUUCAGAUUGGGGUGGCAAUGAAAAUUUGUGUUGUUUUUUUUUUGAAUGCAAAUAAAGUGGAAAUAAAAUUGGAGCGCUUAAGAAUCUUCAUAAAUGGUGGCUUUGGCUGACCUUCUAACCCGCUCGGCUAAUAAUUUUGCUGAUUUUGGAGCAGAACAAGACCCAAAGAUUGGAUGAGAGUCGCCCGAUUUUUUUCCCAGUUUCUGACCUGUAAGAGUUGAAACGGGGCUUGCACUUUAUUUGUCGUUAUCGCGUGUACUUGGGUCCUCGUUUGCUCAUCUGGUUCUCUCGCGGGCGCGCGCGCAGGCAGGCAGGCAGGCAGGCGCGCGCGCGCACGCGCGCACGCACGCACGCACGCACGCACGGAGAGGACCGGUGGGGCUGCAGCGCUUUGCCGCAGCGGACUCAGUCGACUCCGCGAGUUGCGCGCAGCUCUGUGGCCGGCGCCAGCAACUCCUUGACGGGAGCGACCCCGGGCGGCGCUUCCUUUGCGCCCCGAGCGGCCAGACGUUCAGAGGCACGAGCCCCGCUUCGGCUCCCCAGGGCCGUCUUUUUUUUUUUUUUGUGUGUGUGGGGGUGGGGGGGGGCGGAAGUAGAGACGCGUCGCUCGCUCGCUCGCUCGCCCGCCCGAGCCUGGCGUCACCUGGAGCGCGUGCGCGUGCAGCAGGACCAGACGGGAUUCGGGCGGACAUGUGGAAGUCGGCGCGGCUGUAGCGCAAGCGGAGCUCCCGGUUCCCUCGCGGCCCCCCGUCCCGGAAGGAGGUCCCCGCUGCCAUGUCGGUUCGGGACGCGACGUUGUAGAAAGGACGAGGAGGACGCCAUCCCGCCGAGUUCGCCGCGCGCUUCCCAGCCAGGACCUCUUGGGUCGCUCGACUUUUCUUUGGGGUCGCCGCGAUGCUCGGACGAGGUGCGCGGUCGGCCGUCUCGGCUCUGGCUCUGGCUCUGGCUCUGGCUCUGGCCCUGGUUCUGGUCGCGUCCGGCCGGGGCGCCGCCGCACAGCCGUGCCCGGCCCAGUGCUCCUGCGCCGGCACCGCGGUGGACUGUCACGGCCAAGGACUGCGCAGCGUGCCCAGGAAUAUUCCCCGCAGCGUCGAGAGACUGGAUCUGAACGCCAACAACCUGACGAAAAUCACCAAAGCCGAUUUUGCUGGAUUGCGAAAUUUGCGCGUGCUGCAGCUCAUGGAGAACAAACUCAGCACCAUCGAGCGAGGCGCUUUCCAGGAUCUGAAGGAACUGGAGAGACUGCGUCUGAACCGGAACAACCUGGCCGUGUUUCCCGAGCUUCUCUUUGUGGGCACCUCGAAGCUUCACAGACUCGACCUCAGCGAGAACCAGAUUCAAGGCGUGCCCAGGAAGGCCUUCAGGGGAGCUGUGGAAAUAAAAAAUCUUCAGCUGGACUACAACCACAUCGGCUGCAUCGAGGACGGCGCCUUCAGAGCCUUGCGCGACCUGGAAGUGCUGACCCUGAACAACAACAACAUCAGCCGGCUGUCGGUGGCCAGUUUCAACCACAUGCCCAAGCUUCGGACCUUUCGCCUGCACUCCAACAACCUGCAAUGUGACUGCCACGUGGCCUGGCUGUCGGAGUGGCUGCGGCAGCGCCCCCGCCUGGGCCUCUACACGCAGUGCAUGGGCCCGCCGCACUUGAGGGGCCACAACGUUGCAGAAGUGCAGAAGAAGGAGUUUGUCUGCACGGGUUACCAGUCGCCGUCUUCGUCCUGCAGCGUGUUGCAGUGCCCCGAGUCGUGCACCUGCAGCAACAACAUUGUGGACUGCAGAGGCAAAAGUCUGACGGAAAUACCCGGCAACCUCCCGGAAACCAUCACCGAGAUACGACUGGAGCAGAACUCCAUCAAGGUGAUUCCAGCCGGCGCUUUUUCGUCUUAUAAGAAACUGCGCCGAAUAGACUUGAGCAACAAUCAGAUUUCAGAGUUGGCUCCAGACGCCUUCCAAGGUCUGCGCUCCCUCAACUCUCUAGUUCUGUACGGCAAUAAAAUAACGGAGAUCUCCAAAGGGCUCUUCGAGGGCCUCUUUUCUCUGCAGCUGCUGUUGCUGAACGCCAACAAGAUCGCGUGUCUCCGCGUGGACGCCUUUCAGGACCUCCACAACCUCAACCUUCUGUCGCUGUACGACAACAAGCUGCAGACCAUCGCCAAGGGAACCUUCUCGUCGCUGAGGGCCAUCCAGACGCUCCAUCUAGCGCAAAACCCCUUCAUCUGCGACUGCCACCUGAAGUGGUUGGCGGACUACCUGCAGGACAAUCCCAUCGAGACCAGCGGCGCCCGCUGCACCGGCCCCCGCCGUCUGGCCAACAAGCGAAUCGGACAAAUCAAGAGCAAGAAGUUCCGCUGCUCAGGUUCGGAGGAUUACCGCAGCAAGCUGGGAGGGGACUGCUUCGCCGACCUGGCCUGCCCGGAGAAGUGCCGCUGCGAGGGCACCACGGUGGACUGCUCCAACCAGAAGCUGAGCAAAAUACCGGACCACGUCCCUCAAUACGCCGCCGAACUGCGCCUGAACAACAAUGAAUUUACUGUGCUUGAGGCCACAGGGAUCUUCAAAAAGUUACCCCAGCUCAGGAAGAUUAACCUGAGUAACAACCGCAUCGCCGACAUCGAGGAGGGCACUUUCGAAGGAGCUUCUGGGGUCAAUGAGCUCAUUUUGACUUCCAACAGAUUGGAAAACGUUCAUCAGCGCAUGCUGACGGGACUCAGUGGCCUGCGUACGCUGAUGCUCCGGAGCAACCGCAUCGGCUGCGUCAGCAACAGCAGCUUCGGCGGUCUGAGCUCGGUGCGCCUGCUGUCGCUCUACGACAACCGGAUCACCUCGGUCAGCCCCGGCGCCUUCGACGCGCUGCACUCGCUCUCCACGCUCAACCUCCUGGCCAAUCCCUUCGACUGCAACUGUCGUCUGGCCUGGCUGGGCGAUUGGCUGAGGAGGAAGCGCAUCGUCACGGGCAACCCUCGCUGCCAGAGUCCCUACUUCCUGAAGGAGAUCCCCAUCCAGGACGUGGCCGUCCAGGACUUUGCUUGCGAAGACGGGCGCGAGGACGACAGCUGCUCUCCGGCGCCGAGAUGCCCGGCGGAGUGCUCCUGCCUGGACACGGUGGUGCGCUGCAGCAACAAGGGACUCGCCGCCCUGCCCAGAGGCCUCCCCAAAGAAACCACCGAGCUCUAUCUGGACGGCAACCGCUUCACCCAGGUCCCCGCGGAGCUCUCCGAUUACAAACGCUUGACGCUCAUUGAUUUGAGUAACAACCAGAUCGGCACGUUGUCCAACCACAGCCUCAGUAACAUGUCCGAGCUGCUUACCCUAAUCCUGAGCUACAACCGUCUGCGGUGCAUCCCCGUGAGGGCCUUCGACGGACUCAAGUCUCUGCGUCUGCUGUCUCUGCACGGGAACGACAUAUCGCUGAUCCCGGAAGGAGCCUUCCAGGACCUGUCGUCGCUUUCGCACUUGGCGUUGGGCGCCAACCCGCUGCACUGCGACUGCCACAUGCAGUGGUUGUCCGACUGGGUGAAGAGCGGCUACAAGGAGCCCGGCAUCGCCCGCUGCGCCGGGCCCGGCGACAUGACCGACAAGCUGCUGCUCACCACGCCGUCCAAGAAGUUCACCUGCACAGGCCCGGUGGACGUCGCCAUCCGGGCCAAAUGCGAGCCCUGCCUGUCGAGCCCGUGCAAGAACGACGGCACCUGCUCGGAAGACCCGGUGCGCUACUACCGCUGCGCCUGCCCCUACGGCUUUAAGGGCCAGAACUGCGAGGAGACCAUCCACGCUUGCAUCGGCGACCCCUGCCACAACGGAGGAACUUGUCAUCUCAAGGAAGGCCAAGGCACCAGUUUUUGGUGCGUGUGUCCCGAGGGCUUCGAGGGCGACUCUUGCGAGUUCAACAUCGACGACUGCGAAGACAACGACUGCGAGAACAACUCCACGUGCGUGGACGGCAUCAACAACUACACCUGCAUGUGCUCGCCGGAAUACACAGGAGAGCUCUGCGAAGAGAAACUCGAUUUCUGCGCUCCCGAAUUAAACCCGUGUCAGCACCAUUCCAAGUGCAUCCUGACCCCGCACGGGUACAAGUGUGAGUGCGGCCCGGGCUACACGGGAGAGCACUGCGAGCUGGACUUGGACGACUGCGACGGACACAAGUGUCAGAACGGCGCUCAGUGCGCGGAUGCCGUCAACGGGUACACCUGCGUGUGUCCGGAGGGCUACAGCGGGUUAUUCUGCGACCUUUCCCCGCCGAUGGUCCUCCCCCGCACCAGCCCGUGCGACGACCACGACUGCCUGAACGGGGCGCAGUGCGUCGUCACGGGGACGGACCCCCGCUGCCAAUGUCUCCACGGCUACGAGGGGGAGCGCUGCCAGACGCUGGUCAGCGUCAACUUCGUCGACCGCCAGUCUUACCUGCAGCUGCCCUCCGAUCUGAUCUCGCCGCCGACCAACAUCAGCCUGCAGGUGCGAAUGUCGUCGGCCUCGACGUGGACGCCCCGUGGCCAAAAAAAUGCUCACCCGUGUCCGUUGCUCUUGUUUUCCUUUCAGAUCGCUACAGAUGAGGACAGCGGAGUCUUAUUGUAUAAGGGAGCUAAGGAGCACAUCGCGAUGGAGCUUUAUCGGGGACGCGUGCGCGUCAGCUACGACACGGGCACCCACCCCCCCUCGGCCAUAUACAGCGUGGAGACGGUGAACGACGGCAGUUUCCACGCGGUGGAGUUGCUGGCGUCGGAGCAGACUUUGUCCCUGUCCAUCGACGGCGGGCCGCCCAAGUCCAUCCGCGGCGUCGGCAAACAGUCCACGCUCGACGUGGAGUCCCCGCUUUACCUGGGAGGGAUGCCGGCGCGCGCCUCGGCAUCCGGGGGGGGCCCGGGCGGCCCCGAGGGCAGCAGCUUCCGCGGCUGCCUCCGGAACCUCUACGUCAACGGCGAGCUGCGGGACCUCGGGUGGCCCGGUCGAGGGGUGGAACCGGGGUGCCGGCCCUGCCAGAGAGGGGCCUGCGUCCAGGGGGACUGCCGCCCGACGGGACAUCGCGCCUUCGCCUGCGCCUGCCGCCCGGGCUGGACCGGACCGCUCUGCGACCAGCGGGUCGACGACCCGUGCCAGGGCAACAAGUGUGUCCACGGAGCGUGCCUGGCCAUCAACUCGUUCUCGUACUCCUGCCGCUGCCGGCCCGGAUUCGUCGGCGUCCUCUGCGACGAGCGGGAAGCGUCGGACGCGUGCGGCCCGUCCCGCUGCAAGCACGGCAAAUGUCGAGUGUCGGGACUGGGCAAAGUCUACUGCGAGUGUGACGGCGGCUACGCCGGAGAGGCUUGCGACAAAGAGGUGGCCUGCCGAGGCGAACGGCUCCGAGAUGUCUACCGGCGACAGCGAGGCUACGCGGCGUGCCAAACCCAGGAGAAGGUCUCCCGUCUAGAGUGCAGGGGCGGCUGCCCGGGGGCGGCGGACGGACACGGGACCUGCUGCGCCCCCCUCCGCAGCAAGCGCAGGAAAUACACCUUCCGGUGCGCUGACGGCUCCUCCUUUGUUCAGGAAGUGGAGAAAAUUGUCAAGUGUGGCUGUACAAAGUGUCCCGCAUAGAAAAGGAAAACAAAGACUUCACUCUUUGCCACUUAUAUGUUUUGCGUCCCGCCUUCCUCGCUUGCUUCCCUCUGAGAUCCCCACAAAAGCCUCCGUCGGUUCCUUUCACAAUCUGCUCCUCGAAAUGUGCUGCGCAGUACAACGCCAGACUUGGUGUUUUUUUUUUUUUUUUUUUCUUCCGAAGUGGAGGAAAAGCGGCAUCGACUUCUUCGGGUCGCUGGGACGACUCGGCCCGGGCCGGCGCCGAGAGCCCAAGAUUGAGCCGAAUGGGCGGCGUGCAAGAGGCUGGACGCAAUACUCGCCCCCCCCCCCCCCCCCCCUUUGAAAUCAUUCAAUUCAUCCAGCUACUGGCCAAGAAGUCUCCCGUGUUUUUUGUCACCUCCCAGGUUGAGUACUCCCCACUGCCGAGUAUUUAUUGUAUCAUAAAUACCUGCACUUAUCCAGUAGAUUCUCCCCAUGUAUCAAGUCUGAUUCUUUUAAUAUAUAUUAAUUUAUAUUUCUCCUUAUUUUUGUAUUAAAAAGACAUAAUCUGUCAAGAUAGCUGAACUAACAUCACGGUGUCUUUUAUUUUCUUUUGUUUUUUUUUUUGUGCUUUUCAGAGACUUGGGUUCCAUUUUGAUCUGCAAUUGUGACAUGAGGACAGUGCGUGUGCGCGUGCGUGUCUGUGUCUGUGUUUGUGUGUGUGUGUGUAUAUAUAUAUUUUUGUUUGUUUUUUUUGUUUGUUUGUUUACCGUGUGGUGACCAGCAGUCGGUCGGUCUUUCUGUUAAGCGUACGAGAAGCGCAGAUCUCGUGAGUAGCGUCGCCCCCUCGCGGCGGCCUUAGAACUGUUUUGACCUUUUGAUGAAAUGUCUGCUUGAAGGAAACUGUGACUUUUUUUUUCUAAACGAAACUACUUUGUUAGCCCCUUCGGUCUCCCGUGUUUAACAUGUUGCUGCUAUGUUUUUGUACCGUAGACUCGGAUCCCGAUCCGUACGUUGUCUGGAGUCUCCCGCUGCGGCUGUGCGGGGGGGGGGGGGGGGGGGGGGGUCCUUGUGGAACUGAUUAAAUAUGCCCCUCCCAACCUCACCCCCACCUCUAAACGUGUGCAUUGUGCUUUUUAGAUCCCGUCUCUCGCCCAGACUAAUGUCAGCUCCCCGACUGAUCUUUGUUAAUUAAAACCAAUA